UUUUUGGUUGAAAGCAUAGUGUAGUGUCCGGCUUGCACACCUUGCUUCGCUGAUCCCAGCACUUGGAUGAUCAUGAAGUCAGUGCGCUUUGGUGUGCUGCUCACGACCCUCAGCAGCUUGCCCUGCAUGGCAAGGGGUGGUGGGGAACAUGAACAUGGCGAGGAGGCAUUCGAGUGGGCAGGCAUCUUCGAAACACCAGAAAGUGAUUACCUUUGGACUGCACAGAAGGUGAACGAAAGGUACGCGGACGCAACGAUGAUUUUGGUGGCUUUGCCAGUCACCACCUUCACUGAGGAGACGUUACAUGGUUUGGAAGAGCAAGGCGACCACGCGAUGAACCUCACUUGUACAGACUUGCAGGCUGGGGGCACCAUCGUUCCAGCCGCCAAUACUUGCUACAAACUGAUCUUCCGACAGAGUGCCUGGCAGUCUCUUUACAACGUGGAUGCCAGUUCCGCAGCUGGAAUUGCCUUCUUUGCGGAGCACGUGCCCACGGAGUUUGAAGCCACUGCCCAUUACCUCAAGGACGAUCAUGGCCACGAUAUCGAGCCAAAAGCGACCAUACCGGAUGCCAAUGCGGUAACAGAAGAAGCCGCUGUGGACGCUGGAGGUCCUGUGCUUGCAUCGGUGCUGGUGAACUUGGUCACUUUGAUCGGAGUGAUUCUGCUGUUCCCACCGGUGAAACGAGCCUCCACGAUGCCUCUCUUCAGUGCCCUGCUGUUUGCCUUUGCAGCAGGAGCUUUGCUCGCGUGCGCCUUCUUCUUGCUCCUCUUUGAGGCCGCACACCUAGUGGCAACAGGAUGGCAGGCAGAGGUGGAUGUCCUUUGGCGCUGGGGGGCCAUGAUCCUGGCGGGCAUGGUGGUGCCACCUGUGGUUGAGACCAUCUUCAGCCUGUUCAUGCUGGCACGGAAUCCCAACGCGGAAACUCCGGCUCAGGAGGUUGAAGAGAAAGGAACUGAGAAGACAGCUGAGGAUCUCCAAGCCCAAUUCAGGGCGAAAGCCCGGCUAGUGGGAGCUGUUGUUAUUGGAGAUUUUUUCCACAACCUUUGUGAUGGCUUCUUCAUUGGCGCAGCCUUCAAAGGUUGUGGAACUGCCUUUGGCUGGAGCGUGGCAGCGGGCACCAUCCUGCAUGAACUCCCGCAGGAAGUGGCGGAUUUCGUCGUUCUGACUGGACCAGAGGUCAAUUUUGGAACACUGAAGGCAGGACUUUUGUUAUAUUUAUACCCCGCUGAAAGCUCACAUGGACCCUAAAGUACCACUGGUUUGUAGAGGAAAACGGUCUUUGAGGGUGCCAUUCGACCCGGGUCCAUGUUAAGUCUUCGGGAGUGUAUUCCUUCUAGGCAUGCACUAGUCCUUUUGCAUAGCCCAGUUGCAUGUCCUCGUAGUCAGUUUAUCCUCCUGGAUAAAUACCAGAGACAAUCUUGGAUAAUUGUUGUUGCCUCUCCCAAAAGGCUUUGGCAGCCAACUUCAUCAGUGGCCUGAG